AUGAGCAAAUCCAUAGCGAAUGCGGAUUUCGAUGUAAACAUUCUCGAGGAUGCGAAUACGGAACCACUUGUUACGUUGACAAUUCCAUUGCCCACUGACAAAGAUACCUAUAUUGACAUCGAACCAAACGAAAAGGUGUCGACGAGUUUCAAGAUAUUAGGUAACUUCAUUGAGUUCCUUUCGGGAGUGAAGUACAAUGAAAUUUACUCAGUUAAUGAACACAGAUAUUCUGUUAAUAAAUUGACGAAGAGUUUCAACGAUCAUUCGAAGAAGUAUAUGAAAGAAAGAUUAGAGAAGACAGACGAGCAAUUGGAUGAGAUUGUCUACGAUCUUGUGAAUUCCGAAUUGCGCAUGAACCUCAUCAAAGCUAAAGAUUUCCCUAAGAGAUACCAAGAUGUGAAGGAGUUCAUGGUCAAGUAUUAUACUGAGCAAAAUGAGAAGAACCUCCCAGAAUUUAUGUCAAUCUCUCUCCUUAGAGUCUGCUAUGUGACUUGCAUGAAAACGCUCUCGAAAAUGUUUCCACAGGGUGUGUGGGUCAAUAACAGACAAUUGAGCGAGUUGUUCCAAGAAUACUUGAAGAAUCCAAUGUCUAUUAUCUUGUUGCCUAAUCAUCAAUCCCACCUUGACUACGUCAUAAUGCAUUUAAUCUUCAUCAGAUUUCUGUUCUCAAUUCCAACUGUCAUUGCGGGUGAGAAUUUGAAUGUUGCAGUUUUUGGACGCUUUUUGAAGGGGCUAGGAGCCAUAUUCAUCAAGAGAUCCUUUAACAAUGAGUUAUAUACUGAAAGAAACUUGACCAACUAUGCUGAGUUUGUCUUCCUUAACAAGUUACAUUUCGAAGUCUUUAUUGAGGGAACACGCUCUCGGGAUGGAAAACUAUUGUUGCCUAAGUAUGGAAUUUUGAAGACCUUGACAUCUAUAUACUUGAAACAACGUUAUCAGGAGGGAAAUCUGAACUUUGAUAUGUUAUUGCAACCAAUCUCAUUUACUUAUGAAAGAGUCUAUGAGGCUGAGGGUUACCUUGAUGAAUUGAUUGGAAAAGACAAGAAGCAAGAGAGCUUUAUGAACAUUUUUACAAAUGGAGCAUCCAAUCUUUUGUAUGGCGUUGAUAGACAAGACAAGAAAUUGAAGCGUCUGAAGGAUGGCUACAUCGACAAUUACGAUCGUACUUUGCACGGGAAAAUUUUCGUUAGACUCGCGGAUAGGUUCACACUCUCAUCAUACAUCGAAGAUGAAAGUAACCGAAUCAAUGGCAUCGACACAAGCACAAUUUCUGAUGAAGAUGUUAAUUUGAAAAAGUUGGGAUUCAAAAUUUUGCAUGCAAUCAACGGCGUUGCUUAUCUUCCACAAAGUGCAGUGGUUGGCGUUACCAUACAAACUUAUUACUAUCUCAAUGGGGAGAGGGAGUUUCCGAUUGAAAAAUUGCUUCCUACGAUGAAUUUCUUGAUUGACGUUUAUUUGGAAGAGAAUUUGAGUGAUUCCAACAAACAAAUCUUAACCAGCAUCAAAGGAUUAUCAGAUGCAGAGAAGGUUGACUUGAUCAAAGAUCAAGUCAUACGAUUUUUUAAGUUUAACAGGAUUAACCCUGACACAAAUCAGAUAAAAAUUGAGAAUUCAUUUGAACUCCUUUAUUAUAAGAAUCUCACAAUUCAUUUGAUAAUCCACAAAUGCUUAGCCUCUUUUAUCGUGAUGAGGACGAGUAAUUUGAAUCAAAUCAACAAACUAUACUACAUUUUCACCGGAUUUUUGAAAAACGAGUUUUUGUUCGAUUACAACUACAACGCAGACAACAGCUUGUCCAACAUUUUGAAGCACUUCAAAGACCUUGGUGUUAUUAAUGAGAAUUAUGAAAUUGUGGAUGUGCAUUAUCACCAAGUUCUCUCAACUAUUAUUCAACCUUUUAUUGAGUCCUUCAUGAUUUGUGUCUCCAAUUUAAAUUUCACUGUUGGCAAAUUUUAUGAGAAGUCAAGUAAUCGCAUUACUGAGCAGCAGUUGAUUAACGAUUCGUUGAUGCUGAAGGACUAUCCUACAACGAAAUCUUUGUUGAGGAUAAUUCAGAAGGAUAACAUGAAGAACUUCCAAAGAGAGAGCAAGGAUUAUCGCAUUGAAACUUACAAUAAGCAAUACUUGCUCUCCUUCUUGUUCUAUUUGAAUAAUUUAAAACUUAUCAAAAUCUUCAAGAACAAAUCGAAGACAAAAGCAUACGUUAUAAUCCAGAACUCCAAAGACUUGAAGUUUACGCUCCGCUUUAUGGAGCGUUUGCUUAUCCAAAGCGAGACGGACGAUAUUUCCAUCAAUUACAUGAUCGACAUUGUCGAUAAGAUUCCUGAUCGAGAGCUUGCCGAUUCUAAGGCGAGAUUAUGA